AUGACACUGAAUAGGAAAUGUGUUGUAAUACAUAAUGGAUCACACAGAACGGUGGCCGGCUUUAGUAACGUGGAGUUGCCGCAAUGCAUUAUACCUUCUAGUUAUGUUAAAAGGAUGGACAAUGCGGGGGAAGCUCAGUUUAUAUUUGGGACCUACGACAUGAUAGAUGCUGCAGCAGAGAAACACAACGGUGACGAAGUGUAUACCUUGAUAGAUGGCCAAGGGUUGCCGUACAAUUGGGAAGCAUUGGAGUUGCAAUGGAGGUAUCUGUACGAUACUCAAUUGAAGGUCUCGCCUGAGGAACUGCCAUUAGUGAUUACCAUGCCCGCUACCAAUGGAAAGCCGGACAUGGGCAUAUUGGAACGUUAUUAUGAACUAGCGUUCGACAAAUUGAAGGUGCCAGUAUUCCAAAUUGUGAUUGAGCCACUGGCGAUUGCCUUAUCUAUGGGCAAGAGCUCCGCAUUCGUGAUUGACAUGGGUGCAUCAGGUUGCAAUGUGACUCCAAUUAUUGACGGUAUUGUAGUAAAAAAUGCCGUAGUAAGAUCUAAAUUUGGCGGUGAUUUCUUGGAUUUCCAAGUGCACGAAAGGCUAGCGCCUCUGAUUAAAGAGGAGAACGACAUGGAAAACAUGGCUGACGAAGAAAAAAGGUCCACUGACGUUUGGUACGACGCCAGCACGUGGAUUCAACAGUUCAAGUCUACCAUGUUGCAAGUAAGCGAAAAGGAUUUGAUUGAAUUGGAACGGUAUUACAAGGAGCAAGCAGAUAUAUAUGCCAAGCAACAGGAACAGCUGAAACAAAUGGAUCAGCAACUCCAAUACACGGCACUAACAGGGAGUCCCAACAAUCCAUUGCUGCAAAAGAAAAAUUUUCUAUUUAAACCAUUAAACAGAACAUUAACCAUGGACCUCAAGGAUUGCUAUGAGUUCGCAGAGUAUCUUUUUAAACCUCAACUGAUAUCAGACAAGUUCUCACCAGAGGACGGAUUAGGACCGCUAAUGGCGAAAUCGGUCAAAAAGGCCGGCGCUAGUAUAAACUCGAUGAAGGCCAACACCUCAACCAAUCCGAACGGAUUGGGCACAAGCCAUAUAAACACCAAUGCUGGUGAUAACAGUACUGCCAGCAGCAGCAACAUAUCGCCAGAACAAGUGUAUUCGCUACUAUUGACGAAUGUCAUCAUCACAGGAUCCACCUCUUUGAUUGAAGGCAUGGAACAACGCAUUAUAAAAGAGUUGUCCAUCAGAUUCCCGCAAUACAAGUUGACAACUUUUGCUAAUCAAGUCAUGAUGGAUCGUAAGAUCCAAGGAUGGCUUGGUGCCGUUACAAUGGCCAACCUACCAUCAUGGAACCUGGGGAAAUGGUACUCUAAGGAAGACUACGAAACGCUAAAAAGGGACAGAAAGCAAUCGCAAUCUACGAACGCGACAAACUAG